CCUAUGUUUUUUUCUAUGCUUAAUCGACCAAAAAGUUUUUGGUGACUCAAAAGUUGUUGUUUAUUUUUUCCUCUUUUCCUUGUUCUUAGUACCUAAAUGGGUGAUAGCAAGAUUGAGAUGUUUAAAGAUGAAUGUGAUAAUUACAUGGAGAACAAAAGUUGUUCUUCAUGGAUGAUCAAUGAAGACAAUAAUAGUCCCUCGUCUUCGUCCAUCGGAGAAACGUCGUCAACGAUUUCGAGUUUAACUUCACUAGAAACAACGGAUGAUGCAUCCUCCCCUGCUUCACGUAAUUCUUCUGAUGGGGCUUUGUCCGAUUUAUCGACCCUUAUGGCGCAACUGCCUAUCAAAAGAGGGCUUUCCGAGUAUUAUGAUGGGAAAUCAGAGUCAUUUACAUGUUUGGCAAGAGUGACAAGUGUAGAAGAUCUUCCAAAGAAAGAAAGUCGUUAUACGAGGAAAAUGAACAACUCCUCAUACAAGUCACACACACUUCCUAAGCCAGUCAUCUUCAAGAAAGCUUUAAGGAGUUCAUUUUUAUCAUCUUGUUAUACUGCUAGAAAGCCAAAUUCUUCUAUUAGCAGGAGAAGGCUACCUCUAGUUCCUGUACAAAGAACCUAGUUUUGCUAAUUAGAUAUAUGAUCACCUUAAUUUUGCAUAGGAUCGCGGUAUUAACCUUAAUUAUUCCUUUUUAACUAAUAAGUGGAAGGAACAAAUGGAAAUGAAGAAUUUACGAUUAAUGGAGA